GACAAUCACGAUGACAAAUCGUCAACUUUUGUUUCAAUUCGAAUUUUUGUUGUGAUGAAUCGGUGUUAAUUAUUUAUUAAUUUCCACUUAUACUCAUCUACUACUUAUUGAAAUCUAACAACCAAGAUAACGAUAAACAUAUUCUUCUCAUCUACAUCUCUAUUCUGCGUACCCAGAUUCUUAUAUUCCGCAAAAACCUGAACUUAACAGGAUGGUGGGUCUAGAUGCCGAACACCUGGAUGAAGACUGCGACAACAUCGGGCUCGGGUGCGCCCUCGAGCACUUCGCCGAGGUGGACGAGGUGCUCGACAUGAUCGACAACCUCAAGAACAUCUACGACAAGCCCGAAGUCGAACUCCAAUACGAUAAACUCUACAAUAUCUUGAAGCAGUAUUACGAACAGCCGCACUUACUGGAUCCUCAUCUGGAGAAGAUUUUGUCCAAGUUUCUGGUGCUGAUCAAGGAGGCGGACUCGCCGAUGAAACUGAAGGACGCAGUGUUCAACUACAUGUACCAGAUUGUCAGAGUUAGGGGGUACAAAGUGGUUGUGAGGCAUCUUCCUCAUGAGGUAUCAGACCUACUGAUGGUGCUGAGCAUGCUAGAAGCUCAUGAUGACGAGGACAAGGAGUGCUGGCGCAGCCGCUUCGUGCUGCUGCUGUGGCUGUCCAUCGUGGUCAUCAUCCCCUUCCACAUGAGCCGGCUUGAUGGGUUCGCACCUGGAGCUCAAGAUGAUGCUUCCACUAAGCAGUUGACAGUGAUGGAGCGCAUAUUCAACAUCUGCAAGAAGUAUGCUCUGAGCCGGGACACAUGCGCCGAGGCCAGCGCUUACUUAGCCUCCAAGUUCUUUAUAAGGGGAGACGUUAAAGAAGUAUACCUGGGCCCUUUCUUUGAGUGGGCCUGCAACCUGCAAACUAGCGUCACAGGAGAAAGCACCAUCCACUAUGGGGUGCUAGCCGCCGUCGCCGCAGUGUUGAAACACGGCAAGAGAGAUGAUCUCCUGCCAUAUGCACCCAAGUUGUUGGAGUGGGUGGCGAAACUGAACUUUAGACAGAGCAAUGCGAUGUUGGUGAGGAAGUAUGGAGUGAAGAUUGUGCAGAGGAUCGGUCUAACCUACCUCCGCGCCCGGGCAGCCUCCUGGCGCUACACAGUCGGCGCGCGCUCGCUGUCGGGCGCGCUGCGGCCGCACGCCUCGGGCGACACGGCGCCCGCCGCGCCCGAAGCCGCGCAGCCCGUGCCUACACAGGUAGAAGAUGUGGUGGAACUGCUUCUGUGUUCUCUGCGAGAUGACGAUACUGUAGUGCGAUGGUCGGCUGCUAAGGGUCUAGGUCGCAUCGGCGCCCGCCUGAGCGCGGAGGCGGCGGCGGAUGUAGCUGAAAGUGUGCUGACACUGUUCGACGCGGGGGAAAGAGAUUUGGCGUGUCAUGGCGGGUGCAUGGCUAUUGCUGAGUUGGCGCGCCGCGGCCUCCUAUCCCCCGAGCAACUCGGCGCCUCAAUAACCUCGGUCUGUGCCGCCCUAGCCCGGGACGAGCCCCGCUGCGGGGGCACCCGGGCCGCCAGGGACGCGGCUUGUCACGCCGCUUGGGCGUUUGCAAGGGCCUACUCACCGGAAGCCCUGAAGCCUUAUGCGGGGGAGGUGGCCAAUGGACUGAUAGCUACGGCGUGUUUUGAUAGAGAGAUCAAUGUGCGUCGCGCGGCGUCGGCGGCGUAUCAAGAGAACGUGGGGCGGCACGGGCUGUUCCCGCGUGGUAUUGAUGUCCUCACCGCCGCCGACUUUCAGGCGGUCGGGCCGCGCGCACAUGCUUAUCUUGAGGUGGCGCCAUACGUCGCGUCCUUCCCUGAGUACACGAUACCCCUGAUAGACCACCUCGUGGACUUGAAGACUGAGCACUGGGACUGCGCCAUCAGAGAACUGUCGGCGAAAGCACUGCAUAAGUUAACGCAUAAGGCUCCAGAAUACGUAGCCACAACAGUCCUCCCGAAGCUAGUCUCCAAGACGCAGUCAAUAGACCUGAACGUGCGGCACGGGGCGAUCCUGGCGCUAGGAGAGGCCAUACAUGCGUUGGCGGAGGCAGAGCUGCCUGAUGGCACCCGCGCAGACAAGCUCAUCCCCCCAUCCGUCCUCACCUCCGUCCACGGGCUGGUCUCAGGGCUGCGAGCACGGAGACAGCUACUAGGGCUGGGCGGCGAGCUGGUCCGCGCCGCCGCCUGCCAGUGUGUGGCAGCCCUGAGCCGCGCGCGCGUGCCGCUGCCCGCCGCCGCCGUCCAGGACUGGAUCCAGUUGCUAGAAGAGUGUCUGGAGCACGAGGUGUCUUCCAUCAGGGACCACGCGGUGGCGGCCAUGCCGUGUGUCUUCACUCAAUAUCUACAGCCAGAUGACUUGGAGUAUGAGGGGGGGACUGCUAAGGAGAAACGUGUGCAGCUGUUAGAGAAGUACUGCGAACAGCUGAGCAACACCGGGGUCAACGGCCUGUUGCUGCGAAUGGGAUACGCUAAGGCUAUUGGAUCCCUCCCAAAGUUCGUCCUAUCCGACUCCUGCGCCCACGUCAUCCGUUCACUCAUAGAGUGCACGAAAGUGUCGCCCCCUACCGCCAAGUGGGCGGAAGCACGACGGGACGCCGCGUUGGCUCUUAGUGCCGUGUUGCAGACUACAGACAGACUGGACUUGGCCCCUGAAGUGAUUGCGGCGCUGCUGGAGGCGUUGGAUGAGUACACGGUGGACAUGAGGGGAGAUAUCGGCGCGUGGGUGCGAGAGGCUAGCAUGACUGGCCUGCUGUCAGUGUGUCGGCAGUGCGCAGUCUCCGCUCCAGAAGUCCUAACUCCUGACGUAGUGAGCGGCAUCAUGACACGGCUGGCUCAACAAGCCGUGGAGAAGAUUGAUAGAACCAGGGCACUGGCGGGACGGAUCUUCACUGCGUUUAUAUACAAUGACCCCGUAAUCCCGAACAUUCCACAUCACGAAGAACUGAAAGAGAUCUUCCCUCCGGAAGAUGUCGAACUCAAACCACUAGUGCAGAAGCCAGACACCGACGAGCCAGCCGCCCCUUCAACCCAAUACAACAACACGGUGCUCUGGCUGUUCCCCGGACACACGAUGCCGCGGUUCACGCGCCUCCUGGCCUGUGAGACAUACCGGCCGAGGUUGUUACUGGGCUUGGCUGUUAGUGGCGGAGAGCGGUCGGAUACCCUGGUGAAACACACGACCCAAUCCCUCUUCGCAUUCCUGCGCUCGGCCGACUUACCCCUACUGCAAGAGAUUUGCCGCGAGUUAACCGCCAUCUUCACCCGGCACCUGCACGACCGGCGAGUGUCACAGCCCAUGUUCAACUUGCUGGAGAGACUUCUUAGUUCAGGAGCGAUAUCCCCGAUCCUCGACGACCCCACCUCCACAUUCGCUGCCGACGUCCUCAAGUAUGUGCAACUGGAGCUUCGCGGAGGCAAGCACUGGUACAAGCUGCUUGAUUCCAUCAAUGUGCUGUGUCAAUUGGUGCAGGUGGGCGGCGAAGUAUGCCGCAAGUCUCUAGGCCAGCUAGUGAUCUACCUGUGCUACUCGGAGUGCUACGUGCGGCGCUGCGCCGCGGCGCGCCUGUACGAGGCGCUCGCGCUGUACGGGGACGUGAGCUGUGUGCCCCCGAGCAAUCAGGACCAGGUAAUGGAGGUAUUAGCCGAGACCGACUGGGAGCGUGACGUCACGGAGCUGCGACCAAUCAGGAACGAGCUCUGUGACCUGAUGGGCAUCAAGCGACCACUCCUGAAGCAGAAGCCGGCAGCGGCAGCGGCGCCCUAGCCAAUCAGAGAGAAGCACGACUGGAAUUAAUUUUAACAUGCUUUUAUUGUGUAAAGACUUUAAAGGAAGAAGCUUGAAGCUUUAAACGAGUCAGGAUAAUUUGUUUUGAUCUAUUUCAGAUGAAGGGCACAGCUUUACAAUAUUCACACAGUUUUUCAAAAGAGAUUGAUGUUUUUAACAUUAAUAUAACAAAAGCUGCCUUGAAUUAAAAAAAAUAUUGUAACUGUUUUCUUACCCCCUUAUUCACACAAAAGUUAUAGGAUGUUUUAGCUAUUGAGCUGUUUAGUCCCUCUCAGUCAAAGAAUAAUGAAUAAGGGGUUAGCUUGUAUUAUGGCUUGAACCUUCUCAAUGUCGUUUUCCAUUUUAUUAAUGUUUGAGAUUAUGUUAUUUCCAUUAUUUAAAGAAUUAUAAGAAUCUCCAAGGGGAUGUUUCAGUUAUGAUUUCUAAAUUCUUACAUAAAGCAUUCCACAAUUCGGUGCCUUUAUUGCUCUCUUAAGUGCUUUUAAGAAAACAAUAUGUGUUACUAAAAAAAUAUAACUUGUAGCGUCAUGUAAUGACUGAUAAUGUAUUCUUAAUUUCGCUACUCACUACUCACAAACUAAUGUAUCGCGUAAACAUUGUUAUUUUAAAACUUUAUUUGUUUAAAAUGCAUUUUUAGUACUUAUAACGAAAUAUAUACUUCCUAUUUAUGUA